AUAAUAAAAGGGAACUUUCCAGAACGCUCGGUGAGACGCGGAGGAGCGGCGGCUACCCGAGCUGCGCCCAGCAACGCGCUCCUUCCCGCUCCCCCACAUCGGCCUCGGCCCUCUCACCGGCUGUAGAAAAUGGUGAAAGAAACCACUUAUUAUGAUGUUUUGGGGGUCAAACCCAAUGCCACCCAAGAAGAACUGAAAAAGGCCUACAGGAAACUGGCUUUGAAGUACCACCCUGAUAAGAAUCCAAAUGAAGGAGAGAAGUUUAAACAGAUUUCUCAAGCUUAUGAAGUACUCUCUGAUGCAAAGAAAAGGGAAUUAUAUGACAAAGGAGGUGAACAGGCAAUUAAAGAAGGUGGAGCUGGUGGUGGUUUUGGCUCCCCUAUGGACAUCUUUGAUAUGUUUUUUGGAGGAGGAGGAAGAAUGCAGAGAGAAAGGAGAGGUAAAAAUGUUGUGCAUCAGCUCUCAGUAACCUUAGAAGAUUUAUAUAACGGUGCAACAAGAAAACUAGCUCUGCAAAAGAAUGUGAUUUGCGAUAAAUGUGAAGGCCGAGGUGGUAAGAAAGGAGCAGUUGAGUGUUGUCCCAAUUGCCGAGGUACUGGAAUGCAAAUAAGAAUUCAUCAGAUAGGACCUGGAAUGGUUCAGCAAAUUCAGUCUGUGUGCAUGGAGUGCCAGGGCCAUGGGGAACGGAUCAGUCCUAAAGAUAGAUGUAAAAGCUGCAAUGGAAGGAAGAUAGUUCGAGAGAAGAAGAUUCUAGAAGUUCAUAUUGACAAAGGCAUGAAAGAUGGCCAGAAGAUAACAUUCCAUGGUGAGGGAGACCAAGAACCAGGACUGGAACCAGGAGAUAUUAUCAUUGUUUUAGAUCAGAAGGAUCAUGCUGUUUUUACUCGGCGAGGAGAAGACCUUUUCAUGUGUAUGGACAUACAGCUGGUUGAAGCACUGUGCGGUUUUCAAAAGCCAAUAUCUACUCUUGACAACCGAACCAUUGUCAUCACCUCUCAUCCAGGUCAAAUUGUCAAGCAUGGAGAUAUCAAGUGUGUGCUAAAUGAAGGCUUGCCAAUUUAUCGUAGGCCAUAUGAAAAGGGUCGCCUCAUCAUCGAAUUUAAGGUAAAUUUUCCUGAGAAUGGCUUUCUGUCUCCUGAUAAACUCUCUUUGCUGGAAAAACUCCUCCCUGAGAGGAAGGAAGUUGAAGAGACUGAUGAAAUGGACCAGGUAGAACUGGUGGACUUUGAUCCAAAUCAGGAAAGACGGCGCCACUACAAUGGGGAAGCAUAUGAGGAUGAUGAACAUCAUCCCAGGGGUGGUGUUCAGUGUCAGACCUCUUAAUGGGGCCAGUGAAUAACACUGCUGGCAUCUUAUGUGCAGUAGUGAAUGAGUGAAGGACUAUAAUCAUAGCUCACUACUUGCUAUUGUUUUUGUUUUAAUAUUCAACUAUAGUAGUGUUUUAAAAGUUAAAUGAAGAAUAAACUCAAAUAUAAAAGCUCAAA